AUGUCACGAGAAGAGCUCAUUGUUCUGCGAAAGACUCUCACUGAGCUACUCGACAAGGGUUUCAUUCGAGCAAGUAGUUCUCCAGCGUCAGCACCAGUUUUGUUCAAAGACCGAUAUCCCUUGCCGUUGAUCGAGGAAACUUUGCGGUCGCUGUCCAAGGCCAAGUGGCUCACCAAACUUGACCGUUACAUAAACCACACGUUGCGAGAUUUCCUCGACGAGUUCUGUUCCGCUUACAUUGACGACAUCUUGAUCUACUCGAGCGAUGCAGGCCUGCAGAUUGAUAUCGACAAGUGUGACUUUGAGGCAAAGAGUGUCAAGUACCUGGGCUUCAUCGUCGAAGCCGGGAAAGGUAUCCGCGUGGACCCGGAGAAGGUAUUCUCCAACAUCGCCGCGCCUCUAACGGCGUUAACAAAGAAGGAUGCGGUGUUUGCGUGGUCGAAGGAGUGCGACAAGGCCUUCGAGGAGUUGAAGGCUCUUCUGACCAGUGCGCCGGUCCUUGCGCAAUGGGAUCCGGAUAGAGACGAUUGUGGAGACGGAUUCAUCCGGUUAUGUCACAGGAGGGCGCUCGCAAAGGGCGAUGACGGCAUCAUGCGGCCUGUGGCCUUCUUCUCAAAGAAAAACGCACCGGCGGAGUGCAACUACCCAAUCCACGAUAAAGAGCUGCUGAAGCAGCAACUGAGUGAACGUCAGGCGCGAUGGGCUGAGACGCUAUCGCGGUACAGCUUCACCAUCAAGCAUCGACCGGGCAAAGAAGCCGUCGUACCGGACACGCUGUCUCGACGAGAACAGGACAUGCCGCACAGCGCCGAAGAUGAUCGGUUGCAAGGACGACGUGUUCAGCUGCUGCAACGGCGACACGGAUCAACCGAUGACGCAACAACUGACCAAGACGACUCAAUCGAAAACCCUUUCUCGGACCCGGAACUGCAGAAGUUAUGGGACGAAGGUGUCAAGCACAAUCGUUAUUGGCUCAUCCGAAGGCCGUACAGCAAGGCGAGAGGCGUCUGCCGUCGCAUUGGGGACUCGAAUUUGGGUGCCGAACCACGAACCCCUGCGACACCCCGGACGGGACAUGCUGAAGUCCUUGUUGAGCCGCAAGUUUUAUUGGCCAGGCCUCGAUUCAGACACAGGAUCUGGUCGGAGCUGUCAAUUGACUUUGUGACAGACCUGCCACCAACCAAGUCGAACGGUUCGACCAACCUUAUGGUCGUGACGGACAGACUGUCCAAAAGUGUCGUUCUUGAGUCAUUGAAGGACAUCACGGCCGAGACGACGGCCAGAGCAUUGCUACGGAACGUGGUGCAACACCAUGGCGUGCCGCGCGCGAUCGAUAACUGGGAAGAGCUGUUGCCAGCGGCCAUGAUGGCCAUCAACAAUCACAACUCGACGUCGACAGGCCUGAGCCCGUUCUUUAUCACGCAUGGGUAUCAUGUUGACCCGAUACAAGUCAAGGAGAAGUUACGGACGGACGGAAGGUCCCCAGUGACCAGGGCUGAAAGCAUUGUGCAACGAUUUCGAGAGGCAACGGAAUGGGCCCAGGCGGCAAUUGCGUCAGCGCAAGAGCAGCAAGAGAAGAACGCCAAUUCGCGAAGACAGCCGUCAGACCAGUUCAAGCCUGGAGACAAGUACACCGUCCUGGAGACCAUUGGGUCACACGCGUGCAGGCUGGACACGCCUCCGGGAAUACACAACGUGUUCCACGUGUCGCUCUUACGCUUAGCAGCGGACGAUCCGCUACCGUCACAGACGUCGGAUGACUACCGCCCACCGGCCAUUUUGACGGACGAUGGCGAGCUGUGGGAAGUGGAAGAGAUUCUGGACAGGAAGAAAGUCGGGAGAGAGUGGAAAGUGUUGGUGAAAUGGCACUGGCUAGGUAUGAAGAAGUUCAUGGGAAAGUUGGAUCGAAACCACCCCAAUCGAAACGAUCGAAACGGGGAGGAAGGAGGGGUUAUUGUAACGGGCUGA